UAACGUUUACCGACACUGACUCCUCCAUGUAAAUAUACAAAUACCCACCCCAUCCCCAUCAUUGUCCAUGAUGUUAUCCCGCGGUUCUCAGCUCCGUUGGGCCCUCCUCCAUGCUGCCAAUCUAGGACCGGUGUAUGGGAUAUCUCGCGGUGCCAAGCAAAUGACCCGUCAAGGACCCAAUGAGAGUGACGAACUCAUUCCCCGGAAUUACAGUUUGGGUUGGUGGGGCGCCAAGGGGCCGGGUCGACCGGGUUAUCCGCGAACCACGCCUCUUCGGCGGGCCGGAUUGGACCUGAAUCUGCAAGAGCGUCUGGACGAGAUGUACGCCCAUGAGACAGAGGCUCGACUCAAACGACAAGAUGUCGGAUUUAAACGAGAAAAGAAAGACACACCCUUAAACAACCGAUCUCAGAUGCUGGAGUAUGUGCGGAAUCUCCGAGCCGACAAAGCUAUGGAAAAAGCCGCCCGUGAGCGCACCUUGAAAGUGGAUCUGGAAGCCGUAAAGCGGGAAGCCAUCCUCACCGGAGCCAUCUUUGAUGCCACUUACGAGGCCGCCGAGUAUUACGGUGUUUUCGAUGAUCUCUUCCAUGACGCCAUCUUCACGCCCAACGUGUUUCUCAGUGUGAAGUUUGACUAUGACGACAAACUCGUGACGCCGGUGUAUCAAGGCAACAUAAUCAAGCCGAGAGAAGCGGAAAAAGCUCCUCACGUGAGUUUCGACUCUGACCCCGAAUCGUUAUGGACUUUGGUUUUGACCAAUCCGGAUGGACAUUUCACCGAUGACAACUCCGAAUAUUUACAUUGGAUGGUGUCCAACAUCAAAGGUGGAGACAUUCGGUCCGGACAAACCAUUUGUGAUUACCUUCAACCUUUUCCUCCAUUUGGCAUUGGGUAUCAACGAUUCGUCUUUGUCUUGUACAAACAGAAUGGACAAUUGGACCUCGCCCAAUACAAGCCUUCCACUCAAGAUCAAAUCAUUUUGAAGGAGCGGACUUUUCAGAAUCGAGAAUUCUUUGCCAAGUUCCAGAAUCAAAUCACUCCCGCGGGUUUGGCGUUUUUCCAAUCGGAUUACGACACGAGUCUGACGAGCUUCUUCCAUAACACACUGAACAUGAAAGAACCCCGAUAUGAGUAUCACUUUGUCCAGACUUACAUCCGACCUUGGACGCACAUGAGCAACAAUAAAGAAGGCUUUAAUCUGUUUUUGGACAAGUAUCGGGAUCCCAAAGAGAUUGAGGAGGAAGUUGUCCGAAACAAGAUCCGAUCGUUCCAUCCUUUCAAGGGGGAUUUGGACAAACGGUGGAAAUAUCCUAAUGUACAUCCCACGGACUUUCAAUUGCCUGAAUGGAGACGGCGAGAGAUCGAAAGAGAGCGAUUGCGACAAGGCGUGUUCCAACACAAAGAUUGGAGCCCUCUGAGGCGGGAUCCCACUUUGGCUUAGUGUCUCGUUUAGUUGCGAAAUAAAUGUUACUUCCUUCAUCGUAAAAA